AUGUCAACAUUAGCAGAUGAAUUUCUUAAUGAUAUAAAUGAUAGUGAUGAAGAUGAUGAUGAACAAGUCAGUACUACAACAACAACAACCAACAAUGCAUCAGAGUCAAUAGAUGGUGAUAUCCAAUGCAAAGUCGUCGACCCAGAGGAAGAUGAUAAAGGUGAUCAAGAUGACUUAAUGCUAACAGAUGAUCAAAUAGAUAAGAAACAAAACGAUUUAAUUUCAAAUCUUAAAGAUGCUCCAUUGGAAUCAAUUGCAAAGUUAAAAGGUUCAAAUAAAUUGAAUAAUAUAUUAGAGAGAGUUAAUGUACAACUGAAUCAACAACUACCUAAUAAAGGUGAAAAGACAGCACAAGGUACAACAGAGCAUCAGUUGAUCGUAGAAUGUAAUGCGAUGGUACAGGAUAUUCAACAUGAGAUCUAUUUGAUUCAUAAAUACGUGCGUGAGCGAUACAGUAUAAAGUUCCCAGAGUUGGAUUCCACCGUACAGAAUCCACUUGACUACAUCAAUGUUGUAAAGCGAAUAGGAAAUCAAUCGGAUCUUACACAGGUGGAUCUCAAUGAUUUGCUACCAAAGGCAACGAUUAUGGUGUUGCUGGUUACGUUCUCUUCGACCACCGGCAAACCGCUGAGCGAAAAGAACACCGAUAUCAUUCUGAAUGGCUGCGAUAUGGCGUUGGAGUUGGACAGCAACAAGAAGUUGAUACUCAGCUACCUGGAGAGUAGAAUGUCGUUCAUUGCACCGAAUCUCUCGGUUCUACUUGGCAGUAGCAUUGCAGCGCGACUCAUUGGUAUUGCCGGUGGUGUACAGAAUCUCUCGGUGAUUCCCGCGGGCAACCUGCAGACUUUCGGUGCUUCCAAGAAGCAUCUCGAGGGUUUCAGUGGAAUGACAAACCGACGUUUUCAAUCCGGUUUGAUCUCCCAAUGUGAAAUAGUAAAGAAAGCACCUCCCUAUCUUCAAAAGAAAGCAAUCAGAGUUUUAACUGGAAAAGUAUCGAUCUGUGCAAGAGUAGAUGCACAACAAGAAACUUCAUUAUAUGGUGAAACAGGUAGACAAUUUAGAGAUCUUGUUAUGGCACAGAUUGAGAAAUGGCAAGAACCGCCACCCGUUAAACAAAUCAAAGCGCUGCCGGCACCGGAUGAUCGGCCAAAGAAGAAACGUGGUGGAAAGAGAGCGAGAGCAUAUAAACAAAAGUAUCAAACUACCGAUCUGAGAAAGGCUCAGAAUAGAAUGGCGUUUGGUGUCGAAGAGAAAACUACUGCCGAUGGCGAGGUCGGUAUGGGUAUGAUUGGUGGAGAAACAGGAAAAGUCAGACUGAUGGCACAGGACCGUGGAAUUUUAAAGAAAAAGAAGAUCGAACAAAAAGAUUAUGGUAGUGGUCAGCUUACGAUGUCCGGUCUGCAGAGUGUCAUGAUCACGCCAGUCACCGGAUUACAACUGGCAGUCGGUGAACAGAGUCGUACUGAUUCAUCGUCAGCGACAGCAAAGAAAGAUCGUUAUUUCAGUGGUGCACAAAAGAGAAAAGCUGAUUAA